AUGAAGUCGCAUUUAGACUCAGCUGCGUUCCAAGUUCCUUAUCUCGGAUUCAAGGCAUUGGUUGAAGAACUGAGAGAAGGGAAAUGUUUGGCCGACGCGAGAGUUGAAGAAUUAGAAGAACAGGAGGGCGAACUUCUUGGGAAGGUGUUUAAGAUCAAAGGCUUGUCGGAAACAAAAGAACGCAUUAGUGAAGCCAUGGAUUCUUUGACU